CUGUGAGACUAUUAGGGUGAUUGAGAAGUAAGAUGGAGGUUGUUAUGCGCCGUAAGUAAUUUGUUUGUUGGAUUGGAAUUGAGAAAACAGCAACAAGGGGAAAUGGGAGAUAGAGAAGAACAAGGCGAGGGUGCUGGCUCCUCCUUGGAAUUGGAAGCUCCUAUUCCAGAGACCCAAAAAGAAAUCCCAAUUUCAGAUGGCAUCGCAUUCAACAAUCAGAGCGCGAUUUUCCAAGCCAUCGAGGUUGUGGAACGAGACUCGUUGGCCAUCGCUCAGAGUUUCACUUCUCUCUUCGCUUCCCUCCGAUUGGCCCUCUCCGAAUCCACAUCCACCUCUCUCCAUCACAUGCAGUGCUUCACCGAUGCCACCGGUCGCCUUCAGGAAUCUGUGCUUGAUGCAGCUACCAAGGGGAAUCGCUAUAUAAAUUCCUGUCUCAGAUUGAAUGAGGAGAUGAAGAGUGUUGAUGGUCUCGCCUCUCAAUUGAGAGAGGGGUGGGGGGGAAUACUUCACCGAAGUCAGCAAGAGCCAAGAAGUAUGCAAGUGAUGAAAAAUCUUAAGAAAGCAUGUCGAUGCUCUGGACGCAGCUGUUAACAAGCUUCUUCAUAUCCCCUGAAACUGGGGGGAUGCAGUCUUGUACAAGGUUUGUUUCUGUUUCCCAUAACAAACUCUUAAAAUAAGUUGAAAUAUCUAUCAUUUCAUGUAUUGCGCUGAGAUAGUGAUGAAGUGCAAGUAAAGCAACAUAAUAUUUUUCUCUUCCAGCAGUUAAUAUAGGGGGUAGAGAACUGGUGAUAUUUCCUCUUUUCCCCUCAUAAACACAAGGGAUAAAGAGUUUACAGAUUGUUCCCCAUGUUACAAUGUGUAUGUCACAAGAUUUUUCUAGUGCACGGUAUGGUUAAAGUUUUAGAUGUUGAUGAUUUUGUGUGUGCGCCUUUGUCUUGAUCAUUGUGCUGUUAAUAGUUGUUUGGAUACAGAACUCUGGGAAUGAAUGUACUUAGAGACUAGAGUAGCAUAUUUUGAUGCUUUAUUUUGUUUUGAAAUGGGUGGUAUAAACAUUAUAGGCUUCUUGUUGAGAAACCUAUGACCAUCCAUCUUUUUGAGAUGGAUUGAGGUAAGCUGUCUUUACACUUUUUUGUA